CUGAGAACAAAAAUUUCGGGGACCUCACUUUCUAGAUUGCACCAGCCUCACCCUGUCGCAGCCGCGGGCGCGGUCCAGCCAUUAGCAGGAGGGAAGCAAGGGCCCGCAGCGUCUCGCCCUGCCUGCCCCGCAGCGGGGCAGCGAAUUCAUCAGCUUGGGGGGCCGUGCAGGUGCGCUGGAGAAGGAGGGGAUCGAGGUCUGCUCAAGGACCAUGGGCGCCGCACUGGGCACGGGCCCGAGGCUGGCUCUCCUGCCCGGCCGGGCCUGCGGCACCAUCGCACGUUUGGCGCCCUCCGCACCUGCCCGAUGCAGCCACUCCAAGCCCGGCCCGGUGCGCCCCGUGCCCCUGAAGAAGAGAGGAUACGAUGUCACCAGGAACCCGCAUCUCAACAAGGGGAUGGCCUUUACACUUGAAGAAAGGAUACAGCUUGGAAUCCACGGCUUAAUCCCACCCUGCUUCCUGAGCCAGGACAUCCAGCUCCUCCGGAUCAUGCGAUACUACGAGAAGCAGCCGACUGACCUGGACAAGUACAUCAUUCUCAUGACACUCCAAGAUCGGAAUGAGAAGCUCUUCUACCGCGUGCUGACCUCGGACGUGGAGAAAUUCAUGCCCAUCGUGUACACGCCCACCGUGGGGCUGGCCUGUCAGCAGUACGGCCUGACCUUCCGAAGGCCCCGUGGGCUGUUCAUCACCAUUCACGACAAGGGGCACAUUGCAACAAUGCUGAACUCUUGGCCAGAAGACAAUAUUAAGGCCGUGGUGGUGACUGAUGGGGAGCGCAUCCUGGGCCUGGGAGACCUGGGCUGCUAUGGCAUGGGCAUCCCUGUGGGCAAGCUGGCCCUGUACACCGCGUGCGGAGGGGUCAACCCGCAGCAGUGCCUCCCUGUCCUGCUGGACGUCGGCACCAACAACGAGGAGCUGCUCAAAGACCCUCUGUACAUCGGCCUGAAACACCAGCGUGUGCGUGGGAAGGAAUACGAUGACUUGCUGGAUGAGUUCAUGCAGGCUGUGACAGACAAGUUUGGAAUAAGCUGCCUCAUCCAGUUUGAAGAUUUUGCCAAUGCCAAUGCCUUCCGCCUGCUCAACAAAUACCGAAAUAAGUACUGCAUGUUCAACGAUGACAUCCAAGGCACAGCCUCCGUUGCUGUGGCAGGGAUCCUGGCUGCUCUGAGAAUCACCAAGAACAAGCUCUCCAAUCAUGUGUUUGUUUUCCAAGGUGCAGGUGAGGCAGCCAUGGGCAUCGCCCACCUCCUUGUCAUGGCCCUACAGAAAGAAGGCGUACCCAAGGCAGAGGCCACGAGGAAGAUCUGGAUGGUGGAUUCCAAGGGACUCAUUGUCAAGGGGAGAAGCAACCUGAACCAUGAAAAGGAAAUAUUUGCACAGGACCAUCCUGAAGUGAACUCGCUGGAGGAGGUGGUGAGGCUGGUGAAGCCCACAGCCAUCAUAGGUGUUGCUGCCAUCGCAGGAGCCUUCACGGAGCAGAUUCUGAGGGACAUGGCCUCCUUCCACGAGCGCCCUAUCAUCUUUGCCCUGAGCAACCCCACCAGCAAGGCCGAGUGCACGGCUGAGAAGUGCUACCAGGUCACCGAGGGCCGAGGGAUCUUUGCCAGUGGGAGUCCUUUUAAGAGCGUGACUCUGGAAGAUGGCAGGACCUUCAUUCCGGGGCAGGGAAACAACGCCUACGUGUUCCCUGGAGUGGCUCUGGGUGUCAUUGCCGGCGGGAUCCGGCACAUCCCCGAGGAGAUCUUCCUCCUGACGGCAGAGAAAAUUGCCCAGGAGGUCUCUGAGCAGCACCUGUCCCAGGGGAGGCUGUAUCCACCACUCAGCACCAUCCGAGACGUAUCUCUGAGAAUCGCGAUUGAAGUUCUUGACUUCGCGUACAAAAACAACCUGGCCUCCUACUACCCAGAGCCCAAGGACAAAGAGGCUUUUGUAAGAUCCCUGGUCUACACUCCAGACUAUGACUCCUUUACACUGGACAGCUACACUUGGCCCGAGGAAGCCAUGAGUGUUCAGACGGUCUGAUGCAGUCCCAGAGGCUGGUGUGGGGCUAGAUAAAGCCCAGAGUAAAGUCACACUGACAAUAUAAAUGGAUUCCAACAUGGCCAUCCUUGUCACUGUGUUUUUCCUUUGAACCUUCGUGGUGUGAGGGGAGAUGCCCAGGCAUACAGUGAAAGCCUUGUCCCUGAAUGCCCUCAUUCACUUUUCUGUAACCCUGCUCUGACUUCCUUCUGAAGAAUUUCCUUAUCUAUUAAUUGUCAUUAUUGGCUAAUCCUCAUGAGAAAUCUAGAAUUUUGGCUAGAGCUCUGCCUUUCAGAGCUCAGGGUCUAGUGGAAGAGAUGAUAUAUGGACACAAUUCAUUUUGCCACAAAUCAGAAAGUGGUAUGUCCGUGACACAAGUGUAAAUAAAGGUCAAGGGUACUCAAAAAAGGGAGAGGGUACUUCCUAGGGAGACAUUAAGAAAAGGCUUUGGGGGGAGCAGUGUUUGCACUGAGUCCCAAGAGUGAAGGAGAGGUAGGAGUCACUGGUAAAUGAAGAAUGUGAGGGCAGCCACUGGCCAGAAAGUGUGGUCCACCCACCAGAGAGUUGAAUCUCUGUAGGAGGAACACAUGCCCUUCAAGUCUCAGAUGGGUGCGGGAACUGACUGGCUGGGGGCAGCUCACUAACCAGUCAGAAAUGGCCACUGCCCUGUGGGUUGCUAUUAGACAUUCCUUUUUGGUUAUUACGAAGAGGAAAAUGAGAGUGUGGGUGGGAAGGGUCAGCAAGCCAGGAAGGAGCAAGAGGAAGAAGAGAGGUACUGAGGGGAAGAGCACCACGGGGAGUUCUGGGAAAGACUUGAUUUCAUUUUCUUGGCCUUGGAACACUCUUCCACCCUUCACUCUCUUAAAUAAUUCAGCAAACCAAGUAGUAUUCUUAUAGAAUGGUGUCAGUCUGUCCUAUGUGCUUCCUAGAUCAAAUUCAACCAUAGCCUUCACCUUCCUCAUGUGCAUCAGGAUUUACCAUGGGCUGGCCAGGGCCGGGGGGUGCCAAAUGAGCCCAUAGCCCCUGUAAUCAAAGACUGCUAAAUUGCUAAAACCUAUUGGGAUGGAACUUUCAACCCCCAGCUUCACUGUAGAACUAAGGAAACAAUAAAUCACGCUUAGAGAUCCACCGCUGCCUACCCCUGCUGGCAGCUCAGCCUCAAGAUCCCCACUGCCCACAGUGAAUAUAUUGUUCCUAUAUAGCCACCUUGCAGUGACAGGCUAGGUAGACUUAGAUUCCUAGAAGACUAACUAGCAGAGACACCAGUCACCGGUUGCCCGGGCCUUAUCCUUCUGACAUCCGAUUCCUUGGUGCUAGUGCCCAGCUAAGAGGAUCCUCAGAAAACACUCCUAUUCUAUAAUCUCUGGGCUCAUACAGAAUGAGAAAAUUCAGAGGAGGGUUGCAAGAGUGGAGUUGAAAUUUGAAUACCAGAGAACUUUUUAUACUCCCUUCUACAUCUCAAUGUAUAAAGGAAAGAAAAGAAAAGUAGUAGAGAAAAUUGAUGAAGCAAAACAGGUUCUUUGAAAAAAAUUAACAAACUUUAGCUAUGCAAACGAAAAUAAAAAGAAGAUUCAAAUUAUAUUUCCCUUGUUCCAACCCCACUGAACAUCUUUCUGGGAUUAAACACAGGUACUCAGGCUUGCACCCUUAUACAUGCUUGGUCUCCACCUGGAAACUCCUUCCCUCUGCUUCCCUGCCCCUUAUCAAUUACAUUUCAGUUCACCCCAGCUUUCCAUCUGGAGACAUCAUUCAUCUUUGGAGUUCAAAUGCAAUUGACUCCAUAAAGUCUUCUUGGACAGAAUUCAUUAAAUUAGAAGUCAACAACAUGAAAAAUGAGGUAUGUCCAACUAUUUCGUAAUUAAAGAUUACAUUUUAAAUAACCCAUGGUUCAAAGAAGAAUUCACAAAGUUAAUUACAUAUAUUGAAUUGAAUGAAAAAUAUCUGAAUUAAUGAGUUGUAACUGAAGUAGUGCUUAUAGGGAAAUUUUAUAGUGCCUAUAUCAGGAAAAAAAAAGGAAGGUCUCAAAGCAAUAACGCAAACUUUCUCAAAAACUUUUUUAAAAGAGAAAAGCAAACAAAAUCCAAAGGAGGCAAAGCUAUAGCAGAAAUCAGCAGGCCCAUAAAAGGUAAAGAAACUGAAUUAGUAAUUAAAAAUCCUCCCACCAAGAAAAGCUCAAGCUCAGAUUGGUGAAUUUUAUUAAAUAUUUAAAGUAGAAAUAAUACCAACCCUUCAUAAGCUCUUUUAUAAAAUAGAAGAGGAAACUGUUCCCAAAUUGUUCUAUGAUACUGGUUUUACCUGAUCAGAACCGGAUAAAGACAACAUGAGAAAACGGCAGACCAAUAUCCUUCAUGAAUAUAGAGGCAAAAUCUUAAGCAAAGUAUUAGCAAACCAAAUCCAUGGACAUAAAAUAGUCACACACAAUGAACAAGUGGGAUCGACCCCAGGAAUGCAGUUGUUUUAAUGUCCAAAAAUUGAUCAGUGCUGUACAUGAUAUUAAUAGAGUGGACAAAAACCACAAGAUCGUGUCAAUGGAUGUAGAAAAAGCAUUUGAAAAAAUACAACACCUGUUUAUGAUAAAACUUUUAACAAACUAGGAGUAGAGGAGAAAUUCUCACCUGAUGAAGAACCAGAGUCUAAUAUCACACUUAAUAGUGAAAGAAUAGACACUUUCUCCCUAAGAACUGUAACAAGGCAAGCAUGUUGUUUUUACCAGUUCUGGUCAACAUGGAGAAUCUACCCAGUUUAAUAAACAAAAAAAAUGAAAGGCAUCCAGAUUAGAAAGGAAGAGUAAAACUGCUUUUAUUCACAGAUGACAUAGUCCUGUACAUAGAAAAUGCCAAAGAAUAGAACAGUACCUGCCUCCCUCUCCCAAUCUCUCUCCCUCCUUUUUCCUCCCCCUCCAAUAAAUGAGUUUAGAAAGGUCAUGGGAUGCAAGGUCAAUAUAUAAAAAUCAACUGAAUUUCCAUAUGCUGGCAGCAAAUAAUCUAGAAAUAAAAUUAAGAAAACAAUUCUAAGGCCCUGGCUGGCGUAGCUCAGUGGACUGAGCGCAGGCUGCAAACCAAAGUGUCAUAGGUUCAAUUCCUAGUCAGGGCACAUGCCUGGGUUGCAGGCCAUGACCCCCAGCAACCACACAUUGAUGUUUCUCUCUCUCUCUCUUUCUCUCUUUCUCUUUCUCCCUACCUUCCCUCUCUAAAAAAUAAAUAAAUAAAAUUUUUAAAAAAUUUAAAAAAAGAAAACAAUUCUAUUCACAAUAGUGUCCCAAAAAUACUUAGAUAUUUAAGAAGUGCAAGCCUUAUACACUGAAAACUAUAAAACAUUGCUGAUAGAACUUAAAGAAGAUCUAAAUAAAUGGGGAAUGUUCCAUACUCGAGGAUUUGAAGACUCAACAUUGUCAAGGCUGCAAUUCUCUACCCACUUAUCUAUAAAUUCAACACUACAACUACCAAACUCCUGCAGACUCUUUUUGUAGAAAUUGAUAGGCUGAUACUAAAAUUUAUAUAGACAAUGAAAAGGACCUAGAAUUGCCAAUUUUAAAAAAAGAAUAAAGCACAUUACCCAAUUUCAAAACCUACUAUAAAAUCUACAAUGAUCAAUACAGUUGUGGUCAUGCAUAGAUAUAUGGAACAAAAUUGAGAAUUCACAAAUAAGUCCUUUCAUUCACAGUAAAUUGAUUUUUCAACAAAGAUAACAAAAUAAAUCAAUGAGGUAAAGGGUGGUCUUUUGAACAAAUGAAGCUGAGACAAUUGGAUAUCUCCAUGUUAAAAAAAAAAAAAAAGCCCAUUCAUUGUGGCUCAGUGAAUUGAAUGCCCACCUGUGAACUGCAAGGUCUCCAGUUUGAUUCCUGCUCAAGGCACAUGCCUGGGUUAUGGGCCAGGUCCCCAGAUAGGGGGUUGCAAGAGGCAACUGGUCAAUGUGUUACUCCUACAUCAAUAUUUCUUUCCCCCUUUCUCCCUCCCUUCCUUCUGAUUAAAAUUAAGUAAAUAGGAGGACUUCUAAAAAUGACGGCAAAGGUAAAUUCACCUCACUUCCUCGCACAACCACAUCAAAAUUACAACUAAAAUAUAGAACAACCAGCACUCAAAACCAUCAGAAAUUGAGUUAAAUGCAAAUCUGACAACUGGAAUUAAAAAAAAAACAUCCAUCCAUACUGGUAGGAUAGGUGGAGACACCGAACAGGCUGACUCCACAUCCAUGCGUGGAGGAUAAAAAUUCAGGAUGGAUAUCUUGGGAGCAAGGAGUCCCAGUCCCACACCAGGCUCCUAGCCCAGGGCUCCCAUGCCAGAGAAAUAAACUCCCAAAAGUUCUGGCUGCAAAAACUAGUGGAAAUUGAGUAAGUGGAAGAAACUGCUGGAGUUCCAAGCAGUUUCCCUUAACGAAUCCACACAUGGAUUUACUCAGAUUCACUUCCUCUGAGCUCUAGCACUGGGGUAGCAGCUUAAAAGGCAUCAGUGGCACACAGGGAGGACCCGAACUGUGUGGCAUCAAGGAGGGAGCUGGAGGACAGUUUUGUCUCAGACAGAAAGGCUGGCAGAGGCCAUUGUCCCUAUUCUGAACCUUCCCCCAACAGAGCCACAGAGCUGGCAGACAGGUAGCAUAUCUGAGACUGCAUCAACCUGGCUAAUACUGUUUGCCCUGCCUUGGAGAUCCCCUGACACUCCGUCCCACCCAACUUAUGGGCCCACCCAAACUGUUAACUAACUUUUCCAUAUGAAUGACUGGUCUUGGCUCAUGAUUCACAACUUCUUAAAUCCCAUCAAACAAGCAAGCAACAGCUGGCCUCAGAAAGCCCCUAGCGCCCACAGUUCUUGCUAAGUGGCCCUAGGCCCUGCACUAGGAGCACCCAGCUUAGAUUCACACCUUGUCUUCACCAGGGAAUUCCAAACCCAUAAUUAGUAGCAGCCAACUCAGACUGCUUUAUAGCUCAUGCAGGGUGGCCAUGGGCAGAACACAGGUGAGGCUGAGCUUGGCCUAUACCACCCAGAAAACUCCAGAGCCUGUGCACCUGGUGGACAGCUACAGACCGCAUUGGAGCACCACCACCCUGCCCCACAUAGCUGAUCCUCCACAGAGGGCAGAGGUUAGUGGUCAACAGCCAGUCCUUGCAGCUGACUGGCUUAGGUACCUCUCUCCUAUUGACUACCAAGAGCAAUCAAGACUCAACUACAAGAGAAGGGUGUACUCAGCCCACACAAAGGGCACAUCUCAAGUACUCAGCUUGGGUGAUAGGAGAGGCUGUGCCACUGGAGUGUACAGGACACCUACUACAUUAGGCCAUACCACCAAAACAGGGAGUCAUAGCAGCUCUACCUAAUACAUAGAAGCAAACACAGGGAGCUGCCAAAAUGAUGAGACAAAGAUACAUGGCCAAGAUGAAAGAAUAGAUCAAAACUCCAGAAAAAGAACAAAUAGAGGUAAGCAAUCUAGCAGAUGCAGAGUUCAAAACACUGGUUGUAAGUAUGCUCAAGGAAAUUAGUUAGGACUUCAACAGCAUAAAAAAUAUCCAGUCAGAAAUGAAGGAUACACUAAUUGAAAUAAAGAACAAUUUACAGGGAAUCAACAGUAGACUGGAUGAAGUCAAGGAUCAGAUCAAUGAUUGGGAACAUAAGCAAGUAAAAAACAACCAAGCAGAACAACAAGAA